AAUGUCAUGUAAUUGACUUACCUUAUUUAUUAACUUUAACCAAUCAUGGGUUACAAGUUGUUUCUUUUAAUCAGUUGUUUCAGUAGUUUUUACAUCAUAGCCAAUAAUGGAGCGAAAAUAGGAACUACAACCACUACCACUGCAAAACCUGCGCCCACUACUCCUCCCUCUCGUGGUCGCACGCCAAGACUUCAACCGGAAAGGCCUAUGGCCAACCGAUAUGUAAACGUAGCCAAUGUCAACGAUCGCAAAAAGAAAAAUGACCGCCCAAUCUUGGACGAUAAUUUUGGAGAUCGAUUCAAGCAACCAUUCAGCCCCAUGUUCAUGGAUUAUUGUGAUCCACAUCACUGCAAUGGAGAGGGCAAAUCUCGGUGUGGAUUAAACAGAAACACAAUGAGAUUCAAAUGGUUCCGCAAUGCAUGUAGUCUUUCACAGAAUAACAUAUGCGCUAAGUAUCUAGGAGAAAUGAAGUACGACAGCGUUAAUAUAAAAUUUUGCUUACAAUACGUGGUGUUUGGCAGAACGUAUGUCCCGUCAAAUGAAUGUCCAAUGGAAGAAGAUUGUGAUGAAAACAUAAAUGCGAAGAUUUGUGGCAAAAACACAUACAACGGAGAUCUAAUGAUCUUCUUGAAUAAAUGCUAUUUUCGGGCUUACAAUUGCAAACUAGAAAAUUUCGAGGCGUACAUUGAGGUGGAUUGGGACGAGUGCGAACCGAUCGUGCCCUCACUUAAUCAUCAUCAUCCUGAGAUUGAAGCUCUUUUAAACAAUGAAUACGAAAUCAUUUAUUUGAAAUAAACAACCAAACUAUUUAGCAAUGAAAA